UUAUGCUUUUUUCUCAUUUGAUAUAUUUAUUGGCCCUGGUGGUCUUAUCAAUCUCUGCUCUUCCCAUUCCCAGUCUAACUGAUCAUUCAUCCCAAGAGAUCUCUUAUGAUAUUACUCCUCAAGCUGCCAAUCAUGAAAAUAAUCUUGUAAACAAUCUUUCUUCUUUGGAUCCUUUGGAUAGCGUUACUUUUGUUGAUGCUGACGAUAAUGAAGCUAAUCGAGAUACUUCUACCUCUUCCUCAACUACUACUGUUACCACCACUAUAGCUACUUCUGCUCCUACAACAACAACAACAACAGCGACAACAACAACAGCAACAACUAGUGCCAAAACAAGAACUACUACUACUUUGACACCUACUUCUUCUUCCACCUCCUCUUCCUCCUCUUCUUCUUCCUCCUCUUCUUCCUCUUCUUCUUCUUCAGGUACUCACUCUGGUAGAGGUACCUGGUAUACACCUGAUCUAGGUAGCUGUGGUACGAAGAAUAGCGCUUCUCAAAUGGUGGUUGCUCUCAAUCAUAUUGAUAUGGCCAAUGGAGGCAAUAGUAACAACAAUCCCAAAUGUGGCAAGAAGAUUCAAGUCAACUACCAAGGCAAAUCUGCUGUUGCGACCAUUGUUGAUACGUGUCCAUCUUGUGACAAAGGAGCUUUGGAUUUAUCUCCUGCCGUUUUUGAAAAGUUGGCUAGUUUGGACGAUGGUGUUAUCACAGUGACUUGGGAUUACUUGUAGAUUAUCCUUUUUUUUUUAUUUGUUUGCUGUGCAGACGGUUGUAUCAUCUAUUACUUCCCUCCUCUCCUUUGUAUUUUUUUUUUAUUAUAUAUACAUCCUACCUUUCCUCAUCUGUGAUGACUCUUCUUCUGUUUCUUAAAAUUAUUAUUCUUGUAGUUAAGUCAUUAUACAUUCAUCCAUUUUUAGUGGUAGUUUCAUUGAUUGAAUCUCUCACCCUCACUUUUUUUUUUUUUUGCUGGACAAUAUCAUUUUCGUUACAAUAAACAUUCUUUUCUUCCAAC